CCGCUAGCUGGAGUGCGUCUGACUUGACGUAGCAGGGUUGUCUCAUGGCAGAGCAGCAGCAGCCAGUUCUGAAAGUAAAAGCAGUCGUGAAACUCAUCGGAAAUUUUUGGCUAUCGUAUAACUCAAGACUUCCCUCGCGACUUGAUUAAAGCGGGACAGCGACGCGUUCGCAGACACGGUGGAGAGUCCUUUUUUUUUUCUCUUAGCGAAGGGCUACUUGUGUUGUUCCGUUGCUACAACUUCGCUCAGUCCAGUAGCCGUUCAGCCGCGACCACACCCUCCCUGCUUCCUCAUAGUACUGCAGCGGGAGCGCGCAGCGCCGCUUUGAAUCUCUGGGAAUAACGACCACUUCUUGGAGUUACGUGUACCGCACCGGGUCGUGGAAGCUGCCGAAACAAGUGAGCUACGGGUUCAGAAACCGCCGCUCGAGAUGGAUGUGAGGAGCGAGUCCCCACGGAGGACAUGCGGGGCUCCACACUCUCGAGUCCCGAGUUAAGACGCGGAGGAGCGGGCGGAGGGCGGACUGACGGACGAUGCAUAUGGAGGCGAAGCGGCCGGAGCAACUGCUAGCGUCUAACCCGGGGCUCUGUCUGAAGAAGAAGAGGUUGAAAGUGGACUGACUGAGGAUUUAGCGUUGUCGGACAGUCGCGUCAUUGGUGGAUUUUACUUGGGGAGGGGGGGACUUGUGAAACGAUGGUGCUGGAGGGAAACCCGAAUCUCUCCGCUGUCCAGAAGAGCUGCCCGGGUGGUGCCCCGUCUGUAACCAGCAUGAGUACGCCAGGCAGGUCGACCCCAGCGGGAACAAGUCGGACAAGAUCUCGGUGCUCUUUGAGGCUACUUGUUCUGACGCGAGUGGACACAAAAUGAUAUCCUGUUGAUUAUAGUGAAAGAGAAAAAGAGACUCAAAAAAAAGGUAUUUACUAAACCUGGAGGUGAUGUUUUAUUAAUAGUCCUAAAAGAGACCCCCAAGUAAAGACAUCUAACGUUUUAAAAAUAGAACAGGGGCUGUUGAGCAGAUGUGACUCCAAUUUGGGGAUGUGUUUGUGUUUCAAGUGAUGAGGAGCUUGUGAUUUUAACGAUUCUCAAUCUGCACUUUGCCCUUUAGAAGGCACCUUGGUGGCACUGCAGUCUGUGUGUGAUUUCGUUUUUUUUUUUUUCCUUUUAAUUCAGCAACCUGUGAAUUCUUGUGUUCCACGAGAAGCUGGGACUACAGCUACAAUAUCCACGUUGUUUAUGUUGUUCAGGGCAUUUAAAUUAACUUUCCAAUUAAGAAUAUACAUUUAGCUUAUUAUACCGAUUACUCAGACAUUGAGGGGUGUUGCCUUGUAAACUUACUAACAACCUCUGGGAAUAUGCCAGAUCAUAGUUUAGACUCUUAUUGUAACACGCUUUACAGACACGUAGAUUAACAAUGGGGGUGUUAUAAGUAAAUGCAGUGAGUGAGUUUUGCUCUUCCCACAUGUUUACAUAGAGAAUACAUGCCCUGUGUGUUGCUAUAAUGUACAGUGGAUAACUGAAGGAAUUUAAGGAAGACUAUUUGGCCAGUUGUUAUUUAAAGAGAUUGUAAAGAAAAAAAAAAAAAAAAGCAGCAGCAAGUCGAGGCUUAUUGUGGAAAUGUCUUAAAUAGUACAAUGCAGCGAAGCAGCAAUAUACUAUAAAUAGCCGGACCCCUCCAGAAGAGCAGUUUGACCCUCUUCCUCCGACUCCCCUCAUUAUUAUGGCUAGUGGUGGCUCUGGCAAAUCGGCAAGCGAGGGAUCGAGCAGCGCACCCAGCGGCAGUUUGCAGCAGAGGAAGCGGCUCUCCUCCGUCUGCGACACGUGUAAGGGCAAGAUGCAGCUGGUGGCCGACCUCCUCCUGCUGUCCAGCGAGACCAGGCCGGUCAUGACCUCCGAGGGCGUGGCGGUGGCCGACACCUUCGACCAGUGCCGCGACACGGUCAUCGCCAGGACUAAAGAGCUCUCCAUUCUCACCCACGACAUUCAAAGCCAACUCAACAUGGGCCGCUUCACGGAGGUGGGGGACCGCCUCCUGGAGAUGGCCGACCUGGUGGUGUCUCUGACCGAGUGCUCGGCCCACGCCGCCUACCUGGCGGCCGUGGAGACGCCCAGCUCUCAGCCGUGCCUGCCCGGCCUGGUGGACCGCUACAAGGUGACCCGCUGCCGACACGAGGUGGAGCAGAGCUGCGGCGUCCUCCGAGUCACGCCCCUGCCCGACCUCACCCCCCAGCUCCUGCUCGAGCUCUCCCAGAACAUCUCCACCAACCUCAAGACUCUGACGGACAUCUCGUCGCUGGCCACCGAGAGGUCCAGGGACCGCUUCGCGAAAGAGCAGUUCAAGCUGAGCGUCAAGAGCAUGAGCACGAGCGGUACCGCCUUCCUGGCGUGUGUCAAAGAGGUGAAGACCCAGCCCAGCGAGCUGACCCGGAACCGGUGCGUUCUCUUCAGCGCCGCGCUGGUCCAGGCCGUCAACGCCCUGGUCGGAUUUGCCACGGAGCCACAGUUCCUCGGAAGAGCCGCGAGCAUCUCAGCUGAAGGGAAGGGGGUACAGACAGCAGUGUUAGGAGGGGCCAUGAGUGUAGUGUCUGCCUGCGUCCUCUUGACUCAGGGCCUCAGGGAUGUUGCACAGCAUCCCGAGAGCAGCUCCAAAAUGGCAGACUACCGGGAGCGUCUGCGUAACUCGGCGUGUGCCGUGUCGGACGGCUGCACUCUGCUCACUCAGGCACUCAGAGAACGCUCCUCUCCAAGAACUCUGCCGCCAGUCAACUCUCAUUCUGUGAAUUAGUUUAGGAGGAGGUAAUGUGGUCUCCAGUCCCCCCCCACACCCCCUCCAUGUCAUUUUGUGACGUACCAAAGAGACUCGCUUGGGUUGUCCCUGUUCAUCAGGUUUGAAGUCAGAGUAACAUCAGAAGAAGGCUGCUCGUGGGCCUGUUGCUGUGACUGAAGUGCGGUGCGGAGCGUGGAGGAGCACUAAAACGACCACCGCAGGGUUUUGUGUCGCGCUGGAUGUGGCGUAAACCCUGCGGACCACUUUGACCGCUCCGAGCCUCCUCCAGGCCCAGCCGACAGCCCACCACCACCAGCAGACAGCAGCUUUCAAACCUGAAACGUUUACCUCAGUUUUCAGCUCCGGUGAAAGCGCCGGCCUUGAUGAUGGAUGUAGCCUCGCUGUGUGAACCUAUGGUCGCCUGACCUGCUCGAUUACAUGUGCUUCGUGAGAGCGGAAAGAGUGAUAUGAGUGUCUCAAUGCUUGUUUCUUCUAACGUGUGAAUUAUUCAUUGGUAAAAAGCUGCUGUGAGUGUGUGCCAUAGGUUUUACACUAUUUACCAGACUUCCCAUAGUAUUUUCAAGUGUUUUGACCAUGCAUGUAAUGGAGUAUUUAUUUCAACUAUUAAAAAUGUUCUUUCUGA